AUGUCGACUUCCGUCGUCCCCGGGGACGAAAACGAUACCUCCAAUGAUCACGCGGUUCUUGAGUCUCCGCGCAAGUCGCACAAAGCGGGUGUCGGCGCACUCCUCGCCCUGGUGCUACUCGUCAAUCUUGCUGCGAGCUUGUACCAGCUUCCCCUGAACAGAGUCGUUGAGCGGCGUCUUUGCCGGGAGUAUUACUUAUCGACGGAUCCUUCAGUCAUUGAUCAGGACGGAAAUGUCGACGAGGGACUUUGCAAGAUCGAUGGCGUCCAGCAGCGCUUGGCCUGGAUUCAGGGCACUAUGGAAACGGCGUGGAUUGUUGGAGAUUUUGUCAUGACGAUUCCCUUAGGAUUCCUCGCUGAACGUUACGGUCGGCGGACCAUCCUUUGUUUGAAUCUUGUGCCUCGAAUCGUCAUGCCGGCAUGGGCCGUUAUUGUUGGUCAUUUCGAACAGACUCUGCCCACCAAAGCCAUUGUCGCGUCUCCUUUCCUGUCCGUUCUGGGUGGCGAUUGCGUUUUCAACUCAAUUACAUAUGCGAUAGCAUCUGGCAUGACCGAUGAUCACGUUCUAAGGGCAACCUACUUUGGCUGGAUGAGCUCCGUCUCUUACGUCGUCGCUCUGCUUGGACCUGCCCUAGCAUCAGCCACGAUGAGUCUUCUCCUAUGGUUGCCUUUCUGGAUUGGUAUAUGCCUCUUGUUGUUAGCCAUCCCGACCAUCUCCCUGCUCGAGAACACCUCAAGUACCCAACCUCCAUCCUCCCGAGCAGGUCACGGUGAUGAGCAGUCACGGCCCCUUCUUUCCUCCCCAAUCUUGAAGGCCCAAGACGCGAAUCCCUCGCUAUUCAGAUCUAUUUUCCAACGCUUCGGUGUCUUGCGGUCUAUCGUCACAAGUCACCCACGAAACAUGACCCUCCUUCUCAUCAGCUUCGUCUUGACUUCCCUUGCCAGCUCUGAUACGAAGCUUUUGGUUCAGUACAUCUCGAAGCGAUACCAUUGGACAUUCGCCUCCACCGGGUACUUGCUCUCAGCCAAAGCUGUGGUCAACUUCACGCUUCUGACGGUUAUCAUUCCGGCACUACUGCGCUCUCGGCGGAGGAGGUCCCGACAUGAUCCGCCAGAGCUGGCUAGCCAUCGAAUGAACAUGCACUACGCCAACGUCUGUCUCAUUGUUUCUAUUCUCGGCGCUCUGGCCAUUGCUCUUGCUGCAAAGAUAUGGAUGCUAGUCCCAUCCUUGUUCCUUUACGCACUUGGCUCUGCCCUUCCAGUCUUCACCUUGUCAUUGCUGAAGUCACCGUUCAUUGCCCCGAAGCGGAACGAACAUCAAACGGACUCAGUCGAUCCCGAGUCCCACAUAUUCUCCAUCGUGAUGAUGGUAAAGACAUCGGGAUCGUUACUUGGCGCGCCGUUGAUGAUGGUUCUUUGGGUUAGAGGCAUUGCCGUAGGCGGUGCUGCCUUGGGAAUACCCUACUUUGUCUCUGCAAGCUGCUAUCUCGCAGCGGUCUUGGUGCUUGGUAAAAUCCAAACCCAAUGA